CUUCUUUCGAUGCUUGCUUCACUUCUUUUACGUCAUCUAUCCUUCCAAAUGUUUUUCUAAACCAAAUCAGUUUAUAAAUUUUACUACUUUAUUUCUUUUGAUCUCUACGAGACUUUAUUUGUUUUCAGGUUCCUGACAAUCACUCCAAGCUAUUCUGUAUAAGCUAAAGUUUCUUGAAGAUUUCUCAGUUUUUUAUUUUUAUUUUGACAUUGUCUUGUUUGUUUAUUUAGAUCUAUUUCUACGUUCUACGUUUCUCCCUUUUUCUAUUUAGAUGUUAUAUUCAAACUGUUUCGUUGUAUCAACUGUUUCUGUUGUUGUAUUCGUCUCAAAAUUUUCAUUUCUAGUUUCUUUUCAUGUCUGAGAAUCCAGUAAUGCUCCAAUCUCAGAUACCCAUUUCUCAAAAUUUAGAAAUAUUCCCAUCAAAUUUAGCCCGUUUGAGAAUCUGGGUAUCAUUCAUCAUCAAUUAGGGGUUUGCUUUUGUUAAUAUAAACUAUGAAUUAUAGUCGAGAUUCAAGCGAGGACGUGGUACACACCGUUGUGGGAAAUGCGCCUCCCGAUACUUGUAUUCCAAAUCCAUCUGAUUCCUUAGUUUGGGCCACCGAAGAUGACUACCGAGCUUGGAACGACACGUCGGUUGACACUCCCUCUAACUCCAACUCAAAUUACCAGUCUCAAAGGUCCGGCAAUGAGCAACAGCUGAAUAAAAAGUCAAGAAACAACACUCAAGAUGCCAAUUCUAAAUCCAAGGCUAUCGGCAAAAUGUUUUUCAAGACUAAACUUUGUUGUAAAUUUCGCAAUGGAACUUGCCCUUAUGUUACUAACUGCAACUUUGCUCAUAGUAUAGAAGAGCUUCGACGCCCGCCACCCAACUGGCAGGAGAUUGUUGCUGCUCAUGAAGAAGAGAGAGCGGGUUCUAACGAUGUCCAAAGAGAGGAGUUUCAAAUUCCCUCUUUGGGGUCGUCUAAUUUUGUUGCGGAAACUCAAAGAUCACAUAAAGGGAGGCAUUGCAAGAAGUUCUAUACCGAGGAGGGAUGCCCCUAUGGAGAUAAUUGCACUUUCUUGCACGACGAGCAGAGUAAGAAUAGAGAAAGUGCGGCAAUAAGUUUGGGUCCUGGAGGCUAUGGUGGUGGUAGUGGUGGAGCUGCUGUAGUUGUAGCUGGAGCUGGGGCUGCUGCUGGUGGAAACAACGGAGGGUCAAAUGUGAAGCCUUCUAAUUGGAAGACGAGGAUUUGUAACAAGUGGGAACUUACUGGUUAUUGCCCGUUCGGGAAUAAAUGUCAUUUUGCACAUGGCGUUCAAGAAUUACACCGAUAUGGAGGUGGCCUUGUUGACUCGGAAACUAAAGAUUCUUCUGAUGCUCAUUCUGACUCAAAGCAGCGAGGAGUGCCUUCAAAAAUUCCUGCAGAUACUGUUGUUGCAUCAGUCAUUUCAGUUCCUCAUGCAGAUGUUUAUCAUAUUGGAGUUCCAUCACAGAGGUCAUCUGUUGCAAUCCAGUGGCCAGGGCAAGGAUCUUAUCAAAAAUGGAAGGGUCCAGACAAAAUCAGUAGAAUAUAUGGUGACUGGAUUGAUGAUGUUGAAUAGAAUGUGAACUUAGAACCUUAAAAAUGUUGAAGAGAUAAUAUGAAAGCUCAAAUAACUUCCAUGAAAAAGCUUUUUAUGGCACACUGAAUGAUUUUAUGCAGUCCUAGGACGUCAAGAUCAUAUAUCUUGAGCUUUCAGUAAGGAAACUUUUGGUUUGGAUGCUUCAAGCUUUCUGUUAAUACGUUUUAUUAUUGGUGUCUAAACAGUCACCUUUGUGAUACUCACACUCAGGUUUGGAAAGUUGAAGCUUGUACUAUUUGUAGUAAUCACCAUUUUUAUCAGAUAAAAUUACCUGAUGGUCUUAUCUCCAUGAGAGACAUUUGUACCACUUUCUGAAAUUUACAAAUAAUGUUUAAUUCCCUCUUUUUGUGCGGGAUAUUUAUAUUGUUUUACUUAGGUUAUGCCAAAGCUUUCAGCUGAAUCUGGCCUCAGUUGUAGCAUUACACUCUGAGGCAUCUGAAACCUGAUUUGAUAAAACUUGAAGUACCUACAAAUUGGGAGACAUUGGACAUACGAUGAUAGUUUUCUGAAAGUAAAGUGUUGGAAGGGAGAAUUUACCAUGAAUUCCUGUAUGGUUCGAUCUGUGCUCAAAAUUUUCUGCACUUAGCUACAGAGUUUUGUCGAUGAUUGGCAGACACAACUGGGUCAGUGUUCUGAUUCUUAAGUGCAAGGUACCUGGAGGAUUCAGGAGCUGGUUCGACCAAGUUACAUAGCCUCGACCAUCGGAAAUCGAAAGCGUUGGCAAAUCACAGAUGCAGUUCGCAAGAAUAUUUGUGUUGUUGGCAGUUUAUUAAUGUAUAUUACAAUGACAAUGAAACAGCAAACUCGCUAUAUAAAUUUUGUUAUAGAAGCAGAAAUAGACAACUUGCAAUUAAACAUUGUUUCUCUAA